AUGCCCUCUACAAAUCGCGGUAUCGCCUAUCACUAUACUGUCAGUCUUGCCACAAUUAGUGCAGCCUGCUAUUCCACACCAUCAACUUCUAGUCCCGCGAAAGGUAUGCCCCAGCGAAUAGCUAUUCAUUCAUAUGGCGGUGGCUAUGUUCUUAGUAGUUAUCGAUCCGUAGACAGCGGAUAG